GGCUUUGAAACGGGAAAGAGAAAAGAAGCAAAGUAUAAAAAAUUCAAUUGAAAGCGAACGAGUCUUGUCUUAUUGCGUAACUUUCAGCCGUGCGUACUCGUUCUGUUAUAUACAUAUAGUAAUAUAUAUCUAUGCGGCUGUUGUCGCGCGAGUACAGUGUUUUUGUCGACAUCGUGAUCUAAAAGAUCGAAAAAAAUGGAAGCGGCACAUCAAGAACGCGUUCGACACGAAAUACCGAAAGGUGCCAUAAUAAUGUCAAAAAUCGAGGCUUUAAACCAUCAAGCACGACUUGUUACAAACUGGAAACCGCAAAGCGAUGUAUGGUCGUUAAUAUAUGGACGCCCUAUUCUGUCUGGAGCGGCGGCACUUGCCGGUCUUUAUAUUAAUCAACGAUUCAGAAGGAAAUUAAAGCUGCGACAGUAUGGUUUGGUUUCCACAAUAGCUGGUCUUGUGGCAGGCCCAACUAUAGCGACAUCACUUCUUAACUCGGAGCUUAUCCUGAAUAGACUAUUGUUAUUAGAGGUUCCUUGCCCUCUAUGCCUGGAAUCCAAGUCUAUUUUGUUGCAAACUUGUACUGGUUUACUCUUUCCACUGAUAUUAGCACCACUCGCAAAUUUCUCUAUUGCUGCUAACAGUGGAUUAUAUAACAUACCACACAUAACUGAUACGAAAGGAAUGUAUAGAAUUAUUUCAUCAGCUUAUCAGCCAAUGAUACCCAUACUUGCAACAAUUUUCACUCUUCAUGUGCUCUUGGCUGGUUUUAUAACACAUUCACAAAUUAAAUCUUUUCUUCAUAUACUGGACGUGCAAAAUUUAGAGAAAGAACAAAGAGAUUACAAACAUGCGUCAAAUGAUUUGUAAACUUUAUAUAUAAUAUUUUAUCGUAAUUGUAGUAAAAUAUAUAUAUAUAUAUAUAUAUACAUAUAAA